GCCUGGACGUUUUAGAAAUUAAAAAAACGAAGACUGAAACGAACUAUAAUUGCUUAUUUUGCACCAAAGAAUCUUCAGUCACCAAACACCUGCAUGAAAAUUUCACACCCCACGCGUAGGAAAACUUCGGGGAACUACCUUGUCUCCUGUUGAUAGGAGGAUGCCAUGAUAUUAUGUACAGUUAAGGCGUUGAACUACAAGGGCCUGGAUUCCAGACGAUCCAUUUGGCGAGAACUUAGUGAAGACGAAGCUUCUAGAAGUGGAUUUCAGUCCCUCAAGAUGCAGUACACCCGCGGCGGCGUAACACGAACUAUCAACAACACAGUCUAUCGCGGUCGUGUUCCCGGGUUUUAUCCUGGCGUUUAUUUAGAAGAGGAAUUCUAUGUCAUCUGCGAGACUCUUUCUCCUAUUAGUACCAUCAGCAGUAUGGAUUGUGUGGGAUUCACCAAGGACGACAAGCUCCGUACCCUUCGGCGCCUGACGAUGAAACUAAACGAAUUCCUUCAGGAGGAUCCGAGCGUAAGGGACUACGUAAGGCUCAUGGAAAUCGAUGGUAUGGGAUAACAAGUGGCCGAUUU